CGAAGCGGGGUGUUCGACGGAACCAAAAUUCAGAUAUAUGUAAUUAAGUUGUACAUAAUAUCACAAGAUUAUAGUUGGAGUAUUGGUUAUAACACUUAUUCUUUGUGUACGAGACCUAGUUUCAAGCCUUGGGGCCAGCAAUUUUUUUAUUUUUUUGGGAAAUAAAGUGUAGUAGUGUACAACUGUCUGUCAGUCAAAUUCAAUGAAGUGAAUGAAAUAAGUCACUUCUCUAGAAUCCUCCGCCCAAACCUUUCCUCUUCUCCAAUAUUUUUCUCCAAAAAAACUUUCAAUCUAUCAUUCAAUUAAUUCCAAGUCGUAUAUAUCAUUCAAUUAAUUUCACUCUAUAUUUCCAAAAUUAAUUUCACACUUAACUAUUUUAACAUCUUGUUUUCAACAUUUUUAAUUUACUUUUUAUUAGUAUCUUCAAUCAUUCAAUUAGCCCAAAAAUAUUUCAUCUUCCAAAAUAAUUUUGCCCAUAUUAAUUCAUAAUUUCAACGGUUAAAUCUUCAAUUUUAAGAUGAAAUUAAUUAUUAAACCGUUGUUAAUCCCCCAAAUUUUUCUAUAUAUGCAAUUUACUAGGUUUUUCAAUUUUAUAAAUAAAAAAGAAAUCUUUAAGAUAAUAUUAAUUCCAAAAUUAUUUGCAAGUACUGUGAGUAUAGCUAGUAAUUGGAAAUUUUUUUAUCAUAAACCUCUUUGGAAUCGGCAUUGGAUAUGGAUACGCCUAUGGAGUACGGUAUGUGUUUAAUCUGUUUUUUUUUACCUGUUAAAUCUGUUACUGUUUGAUAAUAUUAUGCUUUUUAAUUUAUUUUUUUGUUAAAUUUUAGCAAUUACUAUGUAUAAAUUAUUCAUAAGUUUUUUUUUUCAUUUUUUUUAUUGAUUACAGCGGUUGAUGAAUGGUUUUGAUGGAGUAUUGGAUUAUACAUAGCAAUUAGCGAUCUCGGAUCUGUCGAAUUCAAUCGUUGGCUUGUUACAAGCUUUUUCCGGUGAUAUUUUUCCUCUCUUAUCAAAUAUUUUGUGUAAUUGUGUUUAAAAUGUUUCGAAAGUAUCCAUCUGGGCAUGAAAAACGCAAUAAAAAAAAAGAAGGAAGAUCAAUUCAUUCAAUCACAAAAAGGUGCUUUAGAUAAGUUUUUUGUAAUAGUGCCACAGUGAACUGAAAAUCCUAUUGAUUCAAAGUUAAAAGAAAAUAAUGAUAAUGUUGGUGGUGAUAAUGUUAAUGUUGAUAAUGAUAAUGUAGAUGUGAUAAAUGACAAUGUUAAUGUUGAUGAUAAUAAUAUUAAUGUUGAGCAAGAAGAUGUGAAUCUGAAUAAUGUUAAUGAUUUUGAACAAAAUGUGGAGGAAAAUUCAGACCAUAAUAUUCACAAUGUUGAAGAAAAUGAUUUUGUUUCUCGUGAUAUAUACGAUCCAAGGAUAUGGGAAGCUCUUGAUCAGAAGUCGAUUGAUAUUUUGGCUCUCAAUGGCCCUAAAAGAGACUUAACCGUAGUGAAAGGCCCUAAAGACAAAGUAUCUAGGAGAUUUACUUUAAAUUUAUAUACUAGGUAUUUGCCUAAUGGUGAAACUUGUGAUAGAGAUUGGCUUGUUUAUUUUAAAGAUAUUGACAACGUAUUUUGUUUUUGCUGUAAAAAUUUUCAAAAAGGGUAUCGGAAAAGGCAAUUUGGUAAAUGAAGGAUAUAAUGAUUGGUCACAUGUUAGUCAUAGACUUAAAGAACAUGAAACAAGUGUUGAUCACAUUUUGAACAUGGGUGCUUGGUGUGAACUAAGAAAUAGAUUGAAAAAUAAUGAAACAAUAGACAAAAUUACCCAAGACCAAUUUCAUAAAGAAAAGGAGUACUGGAAAAGUGUCAUUAUUAGAAUUAUUGCUAUUGUGAAGUUCCUUGGUAAAAAUAACCUUGCAUUUCAUGGGAAACAUGAAAGGUUAUAUCAAAGUAGCAAUGGAAAUUUUUUAGGUUUGAUUGAAAUGUUGGCUGAAUUUGAUCCUGUGAUUAUUGAGCAUGUUCGUCGUAUUGAGAAUGGGAUUAUUCAUCAUCAUUAUCUUAGCCAUGAAAUUCAGAAUGAAUUGAUACUCUUACUUGCUUCUAAAAUCAAUAAUGCUAUCAUGAAGAAAAUAAAAGAAGCAAAAUAUUUUUCUGUGACGUUGGAUUGUACACCUGAUGCUAGUCAUCAAGAACAAAUGACUUUAAUUUUAAGGUGUGUUGACAAAUGUUCAAAUUCUUAUAAAGUGAAAGAAUUUUUUAUUGAGUUCUUACAAGUUAAUGAUACUACUGGUCUAGGACUAUUUAAAGUGUUAGAAAAUGUGUUAAUAUCUCAUGAUCUUGACAUAGAUAAUAUAAGGGGACAAGGAUAUGAUAAUGGUUCUAAUAUGAAAGGUAAACAUCAAGGUGUGCAAAAGAGACUAUUGGAUUUGAAUCCUAGAGCUUUUUAUUCUCCAUGUGGUUGUCAUAGUCUUAAUUUAGUUUUGUGUGACAUUGCAAAUGCUUCUCCUAAAGCAAGGGAAUACUUUGGUAUAGUCCAACGCAUUUAUACUAUAUUUGUUGGUUCUACUAAGAGAUGGCAUAUUUUAAAAGAAUAUGUUAAAGGUUUAACUCUUAAAUCAUUAUCUGCCACUCGAUGGGAAAGUCGUGUUGAAAGUAUCAAAGCAAUCAGAUUUCAAAUACCUGAGAUACGUGAAGCCUUACUUGAAGUAGCUGAAGUAGUUGAUGCUGACAAUGAUCAUAAACUUCAAAGUGAAGCUAGAUCUUUAGCAAAUAAUGAACUUGGUAGUUUUGAAUUUUUGCUUGCUACAAUCAUUUGGUAUGAAAUUUUAUGUGCUGUAAACUUUGUUAGUAAACUUUUAAAAAAUUAUAGGGAGAAUGGUUUUUCAAAGGCCAUAGAUAUUGCAAAAAAAUUAGCUAUUGAAGUUGGCAUUGAUCCUGUAUUUCUACAAAGACGUAUAAUACGUAGAAAAAGACAAUUUGAUGAGAUAGAUGGUGAUGAAACACUAUUAUCUCCUGAGGAAUCAUUUAGAAUCCAAUAUUUUAUAUACAUUGUGGAUCAAACUAUUGCAUCAUUGGAAAAAAGGUUUGAACAAUAUGAAUCGUAUGAUAAUAUCUUUGGCUUUUUGUUCAAUUAUGAUAAGUUGCAUUCAAUGGAUGAUGAGAAACUUUUAUCUUCUUGUUUAGCUUUUGAAAAUGCUCUUAAGAAAGGUGAGGUUUCUGAUGUUGAUGGAGAGGAUUUAUUUGUUGAGUUAACAUGGUUUAGAGAGUUUUUACCCAAGGAGAAAAUGGGAGCAAUUGAUUUAUUGAAUUUUUUAAAACAAUAUACUUGCUUCCCAAAUGCAACAAUUGCAUAUAGGAUAUUACUAACAAUUCCUAUUAGUGUUGCUUCUGCAGAACGGAGUUUUUCAAAGUUGAAGUUGCUGAAAUCGUACUUAAGGACGACAAUGUCACAAGAAAGAUUAAAUGGACUCGCUUUGAUGGCUAUUGAAUCUGAUCUUUUAGAUGAAGUCGAUAUGGAGAAUGUCAUCGAUGACUUUGCUACAAAACAUACAAGAAGAGCUACUCUUUUUAAGUGAUUUCUAGGAACAAUCAAACUUUGAUAUUUUGUAGUAUGAUUUGUAGCUUGGAUGUUAUGUUAUUUAAGUUGUUUCGUUUGCUGAUGAUCAGCAGCCUUUUUAGGCCCAAGGAUCAUGGCCACAUUGUGCUUCUUGAUCCUAAUUUUGUAAAUCUUAAUCAUCUCCCUUUUA